AUGCCGGAGCUGGUUCAGCCUCAGGAGGAGGCGUCGCCCGCCGCUCAGCCUCAGGAGGAGGCGUCGCCCGCCGCUCAGCCUCACUUGGAGAACACAGUGGGGGGUCAGCAGCAGUACCAGCAGAUGAUGACUCAGCACCUGGUUCCGUGUGUCGGUCACUUCUCUGUUGCUCUGGCUGACGACUCUCAGUGGAAAACACUCAACUAUCAGAUUCUGCUGAAGACGAGACACAGCGACGCCAAGGUCCGGUUCUCGUCUCUGCUGGUUCUCUUGGAGUUGACAUCGAAGCUGAAAGAAAACUACAUGGUUCUGCUGCCAGAGACCAUCCCCUUCCUGGCUGAGCUGAUGGAGGACGAGUGUGAGGAGGUGGAGCAGCAGGUUCAGAAGGUCGUUCAGGAGAUGGAGAACAUCCUGGGGGAGCCGCUUCAGAGCUACUUCUAACACACACCUACACACACGUACACACACACACACACACACACGUACACACACUCACACGUAUACACACAAGUGUCAUGGAGUCGUUUGUCAGAUUUAAACUUGUCUUCCUGAUAUUUUGACAUAAAUUUAUAACAAUUAUCAGACUCCUCUUUGUCUUUCACUUCUUUUGUUGUUUUGUCAAGAAAAUCGAGAUGUUGUGAUCGACCAAAAUAAAUCUGAUAAUUUCUUCA